AUGGCAGGUGAAGGAGCUGUGGCAAAUCUCCAGACAGAAAUCAACUGUCCCAUCUGCCUGGAUAACCUGGGAGACCCUGUCACCAUCGAAUGUGGGCACAACUUCUGUCGCUCCUGCAUCGAGCACUCCUGGGCUGAUGUGCAGGACAGGUUCCCUUGCCCUGUGUGCCGUCACCCAUGCAAAGAGAGGCACCUGUGGAGCAACACCCAGCUGGGAAGGAUGGUUGACAUGGCCAAGCUCCUCCAGAACACCGGGGCCGAGAUGAAGCAGCAGGAAGAGAGGUGCUUGUGUGAGAAGCACAACCAGGCCCUGACCCUCUUCUGCGAGGAGGAUCUAAAGUUGUUGUGUCGGCCAAAACCGUUGUUGUGUCCCCUGUGCACUCAGCCCCCUGACCACCAGGGCCACCACGUGAGGCCCGUGGAGGAGGCUGCCUCUCAUCACAGGCAGAAGCUCAGGAGUUACAUUGAGCCCCUGAAGGAGCAGCUGGCAGACCUUCAGAAACUAUUAGCCACUCAAGACAGGCAACGAUCAGAACUGAGAGAAAAGGUGGAAAAGCGGAGAGCGAAGUUAGCCUCUGAAUAUGGGAGUGUGAUAGCAUCCAUAGAGUGUGAGCAAGCGGCAGUUCUCUCAAGGCUAGCUGCACGAGAGCAGCACAUUCUACGGAAUCUCACUGCAAACAAAGCUGCAUUUUCAGACCACAUUUCCAAACUUAGAGUUCUACGAAAGGAGAUGGCAGAGACGAGUGUGGUGUCAGAUGUGAAACUGCUGAUGAACAUCAAGGGUGUCCUCCGCCGUUGUGAUCACCUAGAACCUCCAGAUGUCUAUUGCUUGGAGUAUAAGAGAGAAGAAUUCAGUCUUCCUCCACAGUGUUCGGCCCUGCUGCAAAUCAUGCAGACAUUUAGAGAAGAAGUUACUCUGGAUCCCGAAACUGCACAUCCUCAUCUGCUUGUGUCUGAGGAUAAAAAGUCUGUGACAUUUGUGAGGAAAACAAGAGUUCAUCGGAAUCCAAAGGGAUUUGCCACGAACGCAGUUGUCCUGGGCUCUGAAGGGUUUGACUGUGGCCGACAUUACUGGGAGGUCCAGGUGGAUGACAAGCCUGGGUGGGCCGUGGGGGUCUGUAGAGACUCCCUUUCCAAGGAGAGAAAGCAGCCCCUGCUCAGACAGGAGGACAGAUGUUGGACGAUUCAGCUGCAGGACGGUGACUAUGUGGCUCGAGGGCCUGUUCCUGUCACCCUUGUGCUGCAGGAAAGGCCCAGAGGGAUGGGCAUCUACCUGGACUAGGAGAUGGGUCACGUUUCCUUUUACAGUUUGAAUGACAUGUCUCACAUCCAUUCCUUCAGGGAUACAUUUUCUGAGGUGCUAAAGCCUUACUUCUAUGUCGGAUGUGAUCCCACACCUCUUGCCAUCCGUGUUUUAAGAGAUUAG